AUGUACGCCCGCCGAGACCAGCGAACGACUCCAGAUCUCGCAAAAUUCCGGAGCGAUGGGCAGGAAAUCCCGACAGGUCGAGGGGUUCGCGAAACACCUCGGGCACAAAAUAAUGACCCCCAAGGACGACCAGAGAGUAAAAGGUACACAUAUGAGCAGCCUCUUCCUGAGCGUUCUCGCAAGGACCGUGGUCAAUUCUCAGUGCCAGCAGACGAUAUCAACUCAAGAUAUUUAAAUAGGGAGAGAGCAGAGAAACUUGAACGGGAUCGCAAAGAGAGAGAAGAUCGUGAAAGACGCAAAAGAGAGAAGAAAGAGGAACAAGAAAGACGGGAUGAGCAAGACAGAAGAGAAAGAGAAGAUCUUGAAAGACGCAAAAGCGAGAAAGAAACGAGGCGAGAAACAUGGAAUGAACACGAAAGAAUAGGAAGAGAAGAAGAAGACAAAAUUUACAAGCAAAAAAGGGAUAAACAAGGGAGAGAGGGAGGAAAAGAGGAAGACCCAUUAGAGCGCGCUUGGAAUGACAAGCUCCGAAAGGAGCGUGAAAAAGUAGCUGAACAGAUUGCAAUUGAGGAGUCUGCUCGGAAAUUUAAACCAAGAACAGCUACAAGGGAAACAAUAGGCAGAGACGAAGGAGGACGCACAAAGCAAAGAGCGAGUGACACCAGGACGAAAGGGAAAAGGGAUAGGAAGCCCAGAGAUAGAAGCAGGAGUAGAGAUCGGUACGAUAGAGGCCAUGCGCGCGUAAGACCAGCUCACCCAGAGACGAAUACAGGUGGAGGUGCUCGACAUAAAGACUAUGGGUCAUACACAUAUUCACCUCUUUACAUUCGCAAACCGGUCCCAAAACCAGAAGUCGACGGGAGGGGAGAUGAGAAAAUGUAUAGAGACAAGAAGGAUCGGGAUCAGACUAGAGAUCCUGAACUCAUAGCACGUCCCAGACGUAGGGAUGAAGCCGAUCAAUACGGAAAAUAUGUGCCAAGUAGGGAUCCGCUUUUCUCUAGUCAUGAAAGCCGACAUGCUCCCCCGCUCAGCCGUAGUACACCCCGGAAAACUGCCCACCACGACUCAGGGUAUGAGUAUAACGAUGAAAGACCUGGGAAGUACCGUUAUUGA